AUUCCCGCCAAUCAGCGUUUGCCUGAUACGAGCCGGCACGCAUAGUGGUUGUCAAUUUUUGUAAAUUAUUUUACCCAAAAAAGUGCUUAAAACGAAUUUUUCCGUCUCACGACAUGCAAAUCAUUAAAUAAGCCAAUUCUGUGAUAGUCUAUGUUUUGUGAAAUUGUUUGGAAGUGUGUCGGUAUCUUAACCUCGCAAAUUCGUUUCUCCAUUUAUGGCUAAAAGAACGGCAACAAGUGAUUUAAAUCACGAUAAUUGGGAUAGGGAGGACGAACCAGAGACGGCUGGAACGUUUACAAAAGCUUCAGAUGAAGCUUUGAAGAACAGAGUUAUAAAAGUUGCCCGCAGGAGGAACCCCAUAUCAUCAGUCCAAAGUGACGAUAGCAAACCCAGCGCAUUCGGUGGUUUUUCUGGGUUUGGUAAAACGCCAAGUAGUGCAUCCAACACGUUUGGAUUUUUGUCAAACUUAAAUAAAACCGAGACUAGUAAAACCAACGGAACUACGGAAAAAGAAGCAGAGACUUCCGACAAGAAAUUAGACGAAUAUUAUGCCAAAUUAAAAGGAUUAAAUGAAAGUGUCACUGAAUGGAUAAAAAAACACGUGUCAUCAAACCCGUUUAUCAACUUACAACCAAUUUUCAAAGAUUACGAUAAAUAUAUCAACGAACUUGAAAAGGCGAAAGGCGAGGCAGCGUCAGAAACAUCAACUAGUGCCACAACUGCGCCCCAAUUUUCCUUUGGUACAACCUCUACAACCACAACUCCUAAAUUUUCAUUUGGGGCCACUUCUACCGCAUCCACAGGAUUUUCAUUUGGCUCCAGUACCACAACAGUUAGUUUCACUUCAAGCACUAGCACAGCUACCCUAUCAGGAGGCGACAGCUCCUUUAAAUCGCAACCGUUUUCGUUUGGUAAUUCAGGCUCUGACAGCGGCAAAUUUUCAUUCACAAGCACUGUCAUAAAACUAGCAGAUGAGCCAAAGCCCCAAGAGCAAGAAGACGAAGACGAGCCGCCCAAAGUUGAGUUUACGCCAGUGGUAGAAGAGGGACACAUUUAUUCAAUCAGAUGCAAGGUUUUUGUGAAGAAGGAUGGCACUUUUGGAGACCAUGGCGUGGGCACUCUGUACCUCAAGCCAGUCCCAAACGGCGAGAAAGUCCAACUCAUCGUGCGCGCUGAUACGAAUUUAGGAAAAUUAAUUUGUAAUUUCAUUUUGUCGGAAAGUAUCCCAAUGCAAAGGAUGGGGAAAAAGGAUGUUAUGUUAGUUUGUAUUCCAAAUCCAGACACGCAACCUCCACCCGUGCCGAUUUUAUUGCGGGUGAAAAGUCCGGAAGAUGCCGAUGAGUUGUUGAAAACUUUGCAGAAACACAAAAAAUAGGCUAGGGGUGAUUAGCUCAAUAAAAUAUUUUUCUAAGUA